AUGGCUCAUUAUUCUUGCAUUGUUCUGCAUGUUGAAUUGUUGAUAAGGAUCUCUGCUUGGUCCCCUUAUGAAUCAUAUUACGAAGCUGCUGGGGGAACAAGGAAGAGAAGAAUAUAUGGUCUUGGAUCUCAAGCACAAAGUUAUUAUGGGCCGAAUCUUUGCGUCAAUUCUGGCUUUAAUGCUUCAACAUCAGCAGCACCUUCAACUUCUCAAUCAACACCGACAGAAAAUAUGGAGGAGUUAGUGAUGCGAUUGAUUCCUACACUGACUGAUUGCUUGCUUCCUUUAUUUAUUGAGAAGGCACGCAGAGUGAUUUCUUCACCAUCACAUCAUCCAAAUACUCCUAUCGACAAACCAUCAGUUGUGACACCUAUAGUGCCUCCUCUUACUACUGCUAACGUUGACGAUGUUGAUCCUUUAGUUUCUGAUGAUGAUCGUAGUCCUUCACCCAUGCAUUAG